AUGCCCUUCUGCCCGUACUGCGCCCGCAUCUCGCUGUUGCUCAUCGAAUCAGGCGUCGAGUUUGAGGUGUUUCUCAUCGACGCCGGCGAUAAGCCCGACUGGUUCAUCAACGCGUACGACAAGGCCGAAACGCCCGCGAUGAUGGGCUCUCCGGGCGGUUUGGACGACGGGCAGUGGGUGGGCGAGUCUAAGGACAUCAUCGCGCGCGCGUGCGAGCAGAACGAGAAGUUCAAGGAGCUCUGCGAGCGCGAAGGGCCGAUCACCGUCGAGCAGAUUGAAAAAUACGCCAACGCAGUCGCGUUUGGCAUGAUCCUCGGAUACAUCGCGCCAACCGAAGAGGAGGCGGGCAAAGGCCUCGCGAUGGGGCUUCAUAAGCAGGCGGGUCUCGAGCCGAUCGAGGGCGAGACCGGCGCGGCGCUCAGGGAGCGCUGCAACGCGCACUUCCGGGCCGGGCUGGCCGAGUUUGAGAAGAUGAUUGGCGGUCUGACCACGCCGUUCAUCGGGGGCGACACCCCGAGCAAGGCGGACGUGUUCGCGGCUACCACGCUCUUCUUCUCGCACAACAUCGCGGAGAGUGGGCUGUGCGGCGAUCCCGUCGCCAUGGACAAGGGCGCGAGCCUGGCGGACUUGGGCGCUCCCUCCGUGGUGCCGUACCUGCGGCGGUGGAUGGAGCGACCGAGCUGGAAUAAGGCGUACAAGACCACCUGCAUGUACUCCACCGCGGUCGUGGCGUGUCUCGCGGGUUGGAUGAUGAUGGCAAAAGACAUGUUCGAUGACGGGAGGAAGCUCAACCUGAUCCUCGACAACCUGAGAAGGCGCGAUACCGACUACAACCCGGAUUUCGUGCCUCCGACGGUGGGCUAGAAAUUAAUUAAUUUAUGCAAAAAGGGACUUCUAUGGGUA